CACGGCAGCGUGGGGCUCAGCAGGCAGAUCGUUCGUCAGUCUGAGAGAAGAGGAGCAGCAGGAGGAGACGUGCCGGUCUCCUCUCCGCUGUAAUGACAAGCCCUCACAGCCACUCUCUCCAACUCCUCUGAAACAACCCUCAGCCUCCAGGAUUUUCCUCCGCCGCUUCCCCUCUUCCUUUUUCUUUUCAGUUGCACCUUAUUUCAUUUCAUUUUCAUUUAUUUUACUUUAUCUAACCUCUCAACCACCCCCCUCCACAGAGAUGUCAACAGAUAAUGAAGACCCCCUGCCUCUGGUGACUUGAAUCCUCCCUGCUUCAGAGAACUGAACAUUCUCAUCUUCCGCCUCCCAUUUUUUUUUUUUUCAAUUUUCUUUUUUGGACGUUCAUCUGCCGUUCAGCAAUGUAGGAGAAGUGACGGCGUCAUUUCAGCAAUGAGGAUGCCAACUGCAUGCCCCGAUUUUGGCUCUCGGCAUCUUGCAUCUUUGCCUUUUCUGCCGGGGCGACUGAAAAAUGAACGAUUUGCGUGAAGGCAAAGUUUGAGGGUACCUCUUUCGGUUUCCCGCUCACCUGUCCGCCUGCACGCGCCUACCCCCUCUCUCUCCUCUCGGCUGGUGAGCAGGGAGAGCAAAUCAUCGCCAACAGAAGAACUGACGAACAACUUCAAAGAGACCCGACUAUUGUUGUGGUAUUUUAGUGGAAUUUUUUUGUUUGUUUUUUUCGGCAACGUUUUUUUUCCUCCUUUUUUCCCCCUGUCCUUUUUUUUGGGAGGAAUUUGAUGUGCGCAACGUAGAAGGAUAUGGCUUAAAUGAUGUUUGCGUUGACAGCUGGAGUAAGGUCCGUAACUUGAGCGCUUUCUUUUCAUCAGCAAUUGCCGACUUUGGUGGAAAAACCCAUCCAAAUGGGAGGAUACCUGGAGGACUGAGUCGGUUUUCGACAGUCGAGAGAGAGAGAGAGAGAAAAAAUGUGGAUAAAACGGAGUGUCGCGCGCAGUCCGUCUGCUUUGAAGCCAGGCAGCUGUGUGGGGCACCGGGUGUGGAUCCUGCUAGCCAUGACUCACCUUACCUUGGACUUCUCUGUGUGCAGCCCUCUCAGUCAAGGUCUGGGGAUCAAACUCACGCCUAAACCGGUGCCUCGCUCACGGCCUCGCUUGCAGCCCCUCUGGGAUAAGCCUAACAUGCUUCACUGGAGAACAGUGAACCCGUUAGCCCACCGGCUCCUCAGCCCUGUUCCUCCGCCCCAAGACAGCAGGGCAGGAAUAGCGCCAAAAGUUAAAGGUCAAAAGCAUUGGAAGCCAGCACAGAAAGGACAAGCAGCGUGCAAGAAUUGCCGGCUGAGAUACUCUCAAAAAGAGACGGGCGAUCCUUUGGCUGUAAUAGCAAAAGCUCCAUUGGCUUUAUCAAGCGGGAGGUUGUUAAUUAGAACCAGGAGGCAGCUCAAAUGGAACAGCUAUGACAAGUCUCAGGAGGGCCGGACUACCACAGUGGCUGGAUUUAUUGACUGGGGACCCACGGGGACUGAUAGCAUAGAUGACGAUGGCAAUACGGAGCCAAACUUAACGUCCACCAGGGCUGCAACUACUACAGUGGCCACAACCACUAGCACUACAACCAGGCUCUCCCAAAGGACGUUCACUGUGGUGACCACAACAGAGUCCAAGAGCACCACCAAGUCCUCUAUCAGCAACACGGAGUCUGUCAAACCACCAAAGCUAGACCCACCAGGGGACACACCAGGUUUGGCAGUUCACCAGAUAAUCACAAUCACUGUGUCUCUCAUUAUGGUUAUCGCGGCCUUGAUCACAACACUCGUCCUUAAAAACUGUGCGUGUUUUUGUAGCUGUGCGCAGUCUGGAAAUGGUCGCCACAAUAGCCAUCAGCGAAAGAUCCACCAGCAAGAAGAAAGCUGCCAAAACCUGACAGACUUCACCCCAGCUCGGGUGCCCAGCAAGGUGGACAUAUUCACUGCCUACAACGACAGCCUGCAGUGCUCGCACGAGUGCGUUCGGACUGCCGUGCCCAUCUACACUGAUGAGAUGAUCCAGCAGACGCCUGUCUACAAGACUGCUUAUAACGGAAACAGGCCCUCACCAACUGAAAGACAACUGAUUCCUGUGGCCUUUGUGUCAGAGAAGUGGUUUGAGAUCUCGUGUUGACGAGCUGAAGGCCUUGUUCAUGUUCUGUGAGUGGAAGAGACUUCAUGAAUUCACGCUUUGGAUCCAGUUGGAAACAAGAAACACAAAAAAACAGCUUCUUUUGUAAAAUAGCGUGAUCUUUGGACACUGGUGAAGAUAUUUAUUUUUCUAGAGUUGACAAGCAGCAGCCAUAACGCUGCGAAAACCAUAUUUCCAAGAACCUACGGUCAUUUAGAUAUAGAUUAUAUAUAAAUAUAUUUACAGGAUGUAUGGAACAAGACUGUGGACGUCACGGAUGUCUCAAGGAAAACAUUAGCCCUAUCACAGAGGAACUCAAGGAGCUUCUUCGGGAGGAAGAUGAACUGUAUUUCUGAACAAUGUGCCAAUAAUGCCACUAUGUGCCACAACCUGGAUGGACGGAAGUUUCAACAACGACUGAUGGACUAAAAAACAAGCCAACAAAAAAAAAAAAAGAGCGUUAUAUUAACCCUGUAUCAACUGCAGUUACAUUUUUUUGUUUUGGUUUUUUUGUGUUUGUUUUUAAAGAAAUAUGAAAGUACAAAAAAAUGCUAAAUGUAUUUGAAUAUGUUAUGAAAUAGUUUUAAGAAAUGUGUUGCAAAAGAGUCUAAAAGAUAUUUAUAUGAAGCACUAUUCUAUUAGCUGGGGAAGAGAGAUGAUGGAAAACGGUAUAUGCUUUAUUGGACGGUUAAUUUAAGAAAAAAAAAGAAGAAAAAAAGUUGUUUCUACCAGUCCCAUUUUAAAAUCAGAGUAGUCGUGUCUAUUUUUUUACACACAAGAGUCUGCCACAGCCCUAACGGGGGAAGUCAGAAGCGCUUGGAACCACUUUUUAAAUACUCCCACCUAAGCUGAGGUAAUAUCAAAGACAACCAUCUGAACACAUCUGGUGCAAGCCAGUCCAGUGCCCACCUCGACUGCUUAUUAUGUAAGAUUUGCAUCUGAUUUAGGAAAAUGGAAAAAUACACAAAAGGCUUCUGUGGCGCAGGCGCUUGGCCUCGUUAGAUCCCACAGCGGCACGUUCACGAGUGAGUACAGCCACAGACUGCAUGGAGCUUGACAGGACAUUCAUACUGCCUCAGGUCUGUCUAGCUCUCUCGCACACCUCGUAUCGGUCUCUUGUCUCAGCAGCUGUCUGGGAUAAAUCUAACCGCUGGUUUCGAUUUUGAUCCGAGCUCCAAAUUAAAUGGUGGAAGACAUUUAAUCUGAACCUCCUGUGUUCAAAUAAAUUGUGGUCAUUUGCAUAAACAGCAAAGUUGAAAAACGGACAGCAAUUGAACAUCCCCACCCAACUCUCAACUCUCGACUGGUUUGACAAAUUGUUGAGCGUGAAACUCUUAAAUUAUAGGCGAAAGUCUAUUUAAUUCCAUCUUCAACUGAUUUGUUCAAGGUGGAAUUAAAUAGAAGAAAUGGGAAGCUAAAAAUGUGGUGUCCCUCAGGAUCAAAAUAAUCUGCAUGGUUUGUUUAACUGUGGAAUGUAAGCAGGAAAGAAUCUCCCAUCAAACACAGUAGGUUUUUUAAGGGUUCGCUCUCUCCAGACCCAAAUCCACUCUUGAGGAGAAUGUUUAAAUCAUUCAGCAGUUCAGCUAUCACAGCCAGGAUGUUUGGUGUUACUCUCGGAUAAUUUGUUUUAAUUUGUGUCGUAGAAAGCUGAGCAAAAAGGAAAAAAAAAAAAAAGGACGAUACAGAAUUAAGAGGAAAAAGUUCUAUUUUGUACUUUCAAAGGCCUAAAAACACUCCCUCUGUGUUUUGUUGUAGUAAGGGGAUUAAGACAAACCAAUCUGCUGCUGCCAAAUUGGUUUAAACUCCUGGUGAGGAAGGACAGUAAAGCUCUCCUGAGAGCUUCCUAGCACCAAUACUUUUUAUUAUCAUCUUCAAGCUCCUGAAACAGAUUAGCUUUGUGCUACGAAGCUUUCGAGAAAGUUGUCUGUUAAUCUACCUUUUUAUUUUGCUGUGGGUUUGUACAAAGCACAACUACAAUUCUGCAAUUGUAAAUGUUUAUGGCUGUAGACAGCAAUAUGUACAGAUAUAAAUGAUGGGUUUUACUGGGUGUAGACGGUCGAUCUCCAGUACUUCACUUGGUAGGUUUUCGGACUUGUACUCACUUCCUUAAAGGAUUCAAGACAACAGGUUGUCCCAGUGAUCAGUAUCGGUACGUGGGAGCCAUUCAGGAGGUGUCGAGAUGGCUUGGGAUAAACACUGUGGUGCAAAACUCCUGCUCUGGCCCAUUCACAACAUGAAACUCAUCUCAUGAAUGACCCAUACCAGUGCAGCCUCACGACAGGCUGCGUUGCUUCUUUGACAUAACAUAUAUUUUUUUGAAUGAAGAGUGAUAUCUUACUAGUAAGAGGGUUAUGAAACUUGCUGUAUAUUAUACACGUGUAAAUGUAUUUUCUAUAUAUUUGCUUCUAUUUGUGUACAGGUGUGUUCUAUUUUUCAAGACCUCUCCCAUUUUUUGGGAAGGUUUCAGCUAGGUCGGGGAUAGUGUCUUUGUUUACAUGUGUAACUACGGUAUUUCUUUCAAAACACAAAAACUAACCUUGUGCCAAGCUUCUUACCUGCACUUUCAAGCAGUUACUUGUAUUAUAUCUUUAGCUAACCAGUAUAAUACUUCAGUAGACGCUGCAAUAGCUCAGAGACUGAAGAGUGAUUUCCAGGUGGAAAGUAAAAACAGUACCGAGUGGUUUUAAACGGUGUUGUGAUCAUAUCUUGGGUUCAGCUGUAUCCAUGGUUGGCUGGGAAACCAAUGACUUGCUCUUCUUAACUAUCAUUUCUGCAUCGAUUUUAAUAGACAGUGUAUCAUCACAUGAAUAAAAAAAAACAAAACAAAAAAAAAAACUGUUAAUCCAACAGUAGCUGCCAAGAAACUAACUAAACUUGAUCUAGACUGGAUUGCAAUCAUUUGUCACCAUCCUCAUUUUGUAUUUGUAUAUACAUACUGCUACAACUGCCCCAGAAAAUGUAAGUUACUGUAAUGACUCUGAAAAUAAACCAAUAUCAGCAUUUAUUCAGCAUAUGAAAAAAUCAGGGAAAGACAUCUAAAGGAAAACUUUUGAAAGGAGGAUCGUUCGUGAAGUACGCUGUCUGUAUUUUCCUUUUUGAUGUGACUGCUAAAUAGUCAGGGUUAAAAAUACAAAAAGCCAACUUCAGCGUUGAUAGGCAACGUUUUCAUUUUCAAACUUUUUCAGUUUUCCUGUUUUUAUUCCAGCUUUGGCCUUCAGCUAUAAUCCCGGCAUGGCUGUUGCAAUGGCAGUGUUGGUUUCAGUCAGUAUGUUAGGUGUACCUAGCAUGCUAACAUACUGAACUAGGCCAGUGAGUAUGACAAACCUUACACCUGCUCAACAUUAGCAUGUUAGCACUGUCUGUUUAUGCACUGAUGUUUUAGCUGAAAUCACAGCUGCUGUGCUUCAGUGCAGCCUCACAGGGCUGCUAGUUUGGUUGCAAAUUCUUCUGCUUCUUUAGCUUUUGCCAAAAUUUCUGCUGUUUAUAAUGACAACAUACUAAACAAGUAAUUUGCCAAAACCUGUGGGAGCACAGUCAUUUUGCCUGAUGAAGCCAGGUUAUCAAAUCAAUUCAAACUCCAGUUGUACAGAGAAAACCUCAAUAAUCAGACGGCCCCAUUGAGCAAGCGCUUGGCAACAGUGGGAAGGAAAAACUCCCUGUUAACAGGAAGAAACCUCCAACAGAACCUGGCUCAGGGAGAGGCGGCCAUCUGCCUCUCCCUGAGCCCAAAUGAGGCGUGAGGGGAGGGAGCCAACAACAACAGGAUAAUGAACUUUCAAAGUGGAAAGUUUGUGAGAUCAUUUUAUAAUUUGCCCAUUUCUUUCUCUUUUAAAUGGCUGCCUGAUGUAAGCAAUUUCCCAGUUACUCUGUUGAAUACAGUAUUAUGAUUAUUGAAUGGAGUGAUGACCAAAACUAUGUAAAAAGGUCUUUUUCCCCACCUUAAUUUCAAGCUGUGCUAAAGUUGACUGUCGUUUUAAGCUCACAUGCUACCUAUAAGAGACCUACACAGAAAUUUGAACUUCUAUUUUAGUCUCACAACUUUAAAACAUUUGGCUGAUUGACAUUUGAUGUGAACAGUUUCAUCUGUUAACAACACCAUAUCUGAUGAUUGUGGAAUAUCAAUGUAACUAGCUAAAAUUUGCUGAAAAUUUCAGCCGAGAUUGUACCGAUAGUGUGGGAAAGACUCUGGAUUCCUUGGAAUAUACUGAAUGCUAUAAUUGAACAACAGGAAACUUUGACUUUCUGAAGUUCUUUGUGUUUUAAUACUUUGGGGAAAAAAGUUUUUGAGCUUUUUUUUCUUUUCAGGCGUUAGGCGUGUUUCGGGCACACCUAUAAAGACUUGAAAAGCUUGGUUUUAAUGUUAGUAUUUCUCUUUGAAAUCAUGAGGAGCUGCUAAAAGGAAUUCUCUUUGCAUUCCUGAAGGACAUUUAGACAAAGAAAAAUGUAACCAGCAGCUGUGAUCUAUAUUUUAAACAGUCGCGGAUGUCUGGAGACAUCAGCAUACAGCACGCUUCCCCCUUUUACCGCUGUCUGAAAUCAAACUGAUGCGUAAGGAAACGUCUUACUGCUUUCUUGCCUUUUCAGUUUACAUUUCAGUAUAGCAGAUGAGUUUAGUUUAUUAUAGCUAAGAGGGAGGAAAGUAAUUCCACUCGGCCCAGUCAGAUUUGAUUGAAGAAAUAUUGUGUUGUUGGGUUAGGUGUGGGGGUGGGGGUUACUCGACAUGCCUUUUUUUUUCACAGCAAAUGAAUAUUUUGUGGUUCUCGUUUCUGUUUCUUCAGCAGCCCAUAAAACCUGUGCUCUCCUCAACAUAAACAAGCUAUCAAUCAGCGAGGCUUUUCCUGUCAAGAUGAACGAUGUGCCACAUUUACAGAGACUGUGAUUCCUCUUUGCAUGUCAGAUACUCAGAGUGGAAGUUAUUGACAUGUAUUUUGUUUGAAUGACAUGCUAGCUGAAGGACAAAGUUGUUUUCUUUCCACACAUUAAUGGAAGCAUUCAUACCAGAGGAACGGUCAGAGGAAUCAGUGUAUUGGCUAUAUUGUGGACUUAUUAGCACACUGUGUGAUAACAAAAAUAUCUCGAGGACGCUUUAUCAAUGAAAACAAAAAGAGACGUUAAAUUAGAAGGUGAGAAGACGAACUGAGAGGAAAGGAUAUAUAUCCAUCCUCGGCCGGUGUUUUGGCCUUUUGUGAAAUAGUGACAAAAUAUGAUCCACUCGUGCACGGACACAUCUUUUCUCAGCCAGCAGGAUUUUCAGGCUAAUGCUAGUCGACGUGUUUCUUUUGAAACUGUCCUCUGACAGGCAACUUAGAAAAUUGGAUAUUUCCUAAACAUAUUAACAAAAAGUGUUUUGAUUCAAAUUGUGAGUUUUUCCCAAACCAAAGAAACCAAAAUCAGCAAGUCGACAGAAAAGAAAAAACAUAUAAAGAAGGUGUAGAUAAGUCUUUGGUGAAGGUCUGUUGAUGCCUAAUGUGUUGCUUUUUCAAAAUGAAGCACAAAAACCAACCGUGACGCAGCUCUUUUCUGCCUGAGAACUGCAAUAAAAGUGAUUAUAUUGUUGUGACUAUUUCACAAACUGCCCCGAGACUGUGGAGGCAUCUCACUGGAUCCAUUUAUUUCUUUUUUUCACUCCCAGUAAACUGUAGCUCCUCACUCCUCGCUUUUCCGCAUCUUUUCAAAAAAAUAAAAAAAUAAAAAUCACGUACUGUGCGCUUACUGUAUUUUAAGCGGAGGGCUGCGACUCUCCUCUCGGGUCAUGUUUUUACUUUUUCUAUUCACAAGAGCUAAAGCACUGUCACUGUCAGUGCUUAUCAGUGCAGUCAGACUUGAAAAAGACUUGAAAAAAAAAAAACCCGACUUUGUUUGCAACAUCUCAAUUCUCUUAUAAUCCCUCUGCUAGAAUGAGACUAGCAGCGUGACCCAAAUCUGCUGUCGUGUCAGCUAAUUCAUGCAGAUGGCCUCUAGCCCUGGAUCAUGCUUUUGCGAGCUAAGUGCAGGCCUGAAACGAGUGACACGGCGAGGAAAUUCGGAAUAGCAGGAAAAUGGGAUAGCCUGCGAUUGCAUGUUCUGCGAGAGCUGAUCAAAGUAGAUGGAGCAAAAACAGCAACAAAAUAUAAAUAUAAGAAGUACAGUAAAAGUUCAAAGGUCAAGGGGUGAGGAGCUUGUAUAGAUUCUUUUCUCUCUGGGGCAGGGGGGAGGGAAGGGCUUUUCACACAGUGGGCGGGGGGCACACAGUGGUCUGUUCAUUGAGGCUGACUUACAAUCAUGAUUCAUACCUACCAUGAAGGAACCUGACUCAAGUUGUGUUGUCGCCAUAAAAAUGAAGAGUUUGUACUUUGUGACUCAAACUUUUAUAUUUGUGUUUAAUAUAUCAAUGAGUACCUCUGUUAACUUUUGUAUAAGACCUAUGACUAUAGUAUAUACAAACACACUUACACACACAAAACACACCUCCACGAAAAGGGACUCUAGUCUGUCUCUGUGACGGCUAAAUGUUGUAUAACUUUUAUUUUGUGUCUUAUGAACCACAUCUCUUCCUUUUGUAGUUAUUGGUAAAUGUUACGAUUUCCAGGUGACUUUGAUUUGGUUACUCUUGUACUACUAAGCUCUGUAUUUGCAAGCACUGUAAAUGCGAUUCUCAUUGGACUCGUCCUCUGUACAUUUAGUACUCUGAUGUUGCUAUUAAUAAAAUGUAAAACAACACGA